UCUGGCUUUGGGCCGGGCGCGGGAGGGGCCGGCGAGGGUCUCUGGUGCCGGAGCGAGGGAAGGCGAAGGAGACCUUGCCUGUCUCUGCGGGUCCGUCCCGUCUCUGCUCCGAGAGAGGCCGCGACGGCUGGGCAGCGGCCGGCGGCCAAUGCGAAAUUGGUUGGUACUUCUCUGCCCGUGUGCGGUCGGGGUCGUGCUGCACCUUUGGCUUCUCCUCCUCAGCUGCCCGGCCAGCGGCCCCGGGAAGCAACACCCGGCAGGUCUACUGGCUUUCUUUCCUCACUGGAAACCAAAACAUUAUGAUGUUAUUGUAGGGAUACUCUCUGCACGACACAAUGAUGGAUUGCGGAAUGCUAUAAGGAAUACUUGGUUUAGGCAUUUGAAGCAGCAUCCAACUUUAAGUCAUCGUGUCCUUGUGAAGUUUAUAAUCGGUAUACAUGGAUGUGAUGUGCCAGUAGAAGAUAGAGAAGAUCCUUAUUCAUGCAAACUUCUAAAUAUCUCUAAUCCAGUUUUGAAUCAAGAAAUUGAAGCCUUCACUUUGCCAGAGGAUGAUACUUCGGUGCUCUCAGAAGACAGAGUUGUCAGUGUGCAUUUCAAAGUCCUUUAUCCGAUUGUCAUCACCAGUCUUGGGGUAUUCUACGAUGCUAAGGGUGUUGGAUUCCAGAGAAACAUUACAGUGAAACUAUACCAAGCAGAACAAGAGGAGGCACUCUUCAGCGCUCGUUUUAGUCCACCUAGUUGUGGAGUACAAGUGAGCAGACUUUGGUACAAACCUGUAGAACAGUUCAUUCUGCCAGAGAGUUUUGAAGGCACCAUUGUAUGGGAAAGCCAGGAUCUGCAAGGUCUUGUUUCUAGAAAUCUUCAUAAAGUGAUGGUGAAUGAUGGCGGUGGUGUCUUCAGAAUUAUUACGGCGGGAGAAGGAUCACUACCACAUGAAUUUACACAGGGUGUGGAGGGGAUCGCAGGUGGCUUUAUUUAUACUAUUCAAGAAGGUGAGAUACUUUUACAAACCCUGCAGAGUCGCUCUGAAAGAUUCCUAAACCAUAUGAACAAACUAGAAAAGGAGGAUGUCUUACUGAAGGAAGAAAGCAACAUUUACGACGAUAUAGUUUUUGUUGAUGUUAUUGAUACUUACAGAAACGUUCCAGCCAAAUUACUGAAUUUCUAUCGAUGGACUGUAGAAGCUGCAAGUUUUGAUGUCCUGCUGAAGACAGAUGAUGACUGCUACAUAGAUUUAGAGGCAAUAUUUAACAGAAUAAAGCUUAAAAACCUGGGCAGACCAAAUAUCUGGUGGGGAAAUUUCAGAUUAAAUUGGGCAGUUGAUCGGACUGGGAAGUGGCAAGAAUUAGAGUACCCAAGUCCUGCAUACCCAGCCUUUGCUUGUGGGUCUGGUUAUGUUAUUUCCAAAGAUGUUGUAGAAUGGCUAGCAAGCAAUUCUGAAAGACUCAAAAUAUAUCAGGGUGAAGAUGUGAGCAUGGGUAUUUGGAUGGCAGCCAUUGGGCCAAAAAGAUACCAGGACGAUCUCUGGUUGUGUGAGAAGACUUGUGAGAGUGGUAUGCUGUCCUCUCCUCAGUAUUCUGCUCAGGAGCUUGCAGAGCUUUGGAGAAUAAAGGAACGCUGUGGAGACCCCUGCAAAUGUGGAGAAAAAUGAAGGGUGGCAAACACUCUAAGGAAAACUUUAGAGAGGAAAGGAAGGGACAGCCUCAAAACAGAUGUUCCAUCAGUCUCCUAUGUAGUCUGUUACUGGUGACAAAUGUAAGAGUAUGUCGCUAGCCAAUUUAUGCUUCUACUUCACUGGUUACAUACAGUGUAUGUUCAUUUCAGUAUGGCGGUAAAUUACAGACAAGCUUCACACAUUCUUUAAAGAAGUAUUUUCGUGUAGAUAAUUUGUCUAGUGUGAAAUGGCCCUUAGGGCUAUAUUUGCACACAUAUCCCCUUUUUAAUAAAUGGAUACAUUUCA